AUGGCACAAACUUAUGGCCAGCAGCAGCAGCCAAUGCAACAGUCUCAAAUACCAGAAUACACUUUACCAGGCGUACUUCAUUUUCUCCAAUCAGAAUGGAGACGCUAUGAGCGAGACAGAAAUGAAUGGGAGAUUGAGCGUGCCGAAAUGAAGGCCCGCAUCGCACUAUUGGAAGGUGAACGUCGUGGAAUUGAAACCAUGAAAAUAAAUCUUAUGAGGCGUGUAAAAAUGUUAGAAUUUGCUCUAAGGCAGGAGAGAAGUAAAUAUUUGGCCGGCAUAUCAUCCACACAACCUUUAACAAGGGAAUCAUCCACUGUAUCAACUACUGCAAACGAAGAAGGACUACAAAAUAAUUCUCAAUCAACUACUGAGUUUUCUCUGACUUCCGAACAAUCUUCACAACAAAAGAGUCUUUUAUCAAGUCGGGAUCCUAAUUAUCGCAUCAAAAGUCGAGAAAUUCUUAAAGCGUGCCUGCAAGAAAUUGACUACCUUACAAAUGCUGCGACUAGUAACCCAUCUAUUAGCAAUCGACUUUUAAGCCAUCCAACUGGUUUGAAUGGAAAUAAUGCAACCAAUCAAAUGCCAAAUCAUAGAGACAGUGCAAUAUGGGUUGGGGGCAAUUCUAAUGCACAUAACGGAGUGCCACCGAAAAGAUUAGGCAACGUUGCAAUAAGACCUUCUAGGCCUGCUCCAACAACACCACCGUCAAUUUUACCUAUAUUGCCAACAAAUUCAUCUAGCCCACCAUUAGAUAAUCCUUUUCCUCCGCGUGAAGGUAUAGAGAUUGUUUCUCCUGAAAAUGAAGACGGUCCAUUCUUUCCCAAAUCAGCUGGUAAAUUGUACAAGAAUGAUGAAAGAUUUUCUGAUGAUGAACAACCAUCAUUUGAUUAUCAAGGAAACGAUAUAAUAGCUUCGGGUGAAACGACACCAAUUGGUAAUGGAAUUGGUGGGUUAGAGACAAAUAAAGCCGAUGAAAACUACUUUGAAAAAGAUGUUGGUACUCCCGCCUUUAACAAAUCCGGACCUUGGAAAAUGCAGAGUCAAAUUACAGCCAAAAAUAUGACUGCAUUUCAAAAAAGUGCAGAUGAACUCAGAAAAGAAGAAUAUCAAUUGACAAAAGAUGUUCAGAAAAAAUUUAACCUGUCAGAUGAGAAAAUUUCGAAAUUGAUGAAACAUUCUUCGAAAAAAAAUCAAGGAAUAUUACCAAUUAAUACAUCAGAUCCUCAAUUAGACGAACUCAGUUUAUCAGUUGAUGAAGUUGACAACGCAGAAAAAUCCGAGGUUGAUAAAUUACAAGAAAAUAAUUCAGAUAGAAAAAUGUGGAGGCAACGAUUCACAUUAAGGAGCCAUCUUGAUACUGUUCGUUCUAUUUCAUGGCAUAAAUCAGAACUCAUGUUUGCAUCUGGAUCGGAAGAUGGCACAGUGAAGUUAUGGAAUUUAAAGGGCCCAAUUUCUCUCAAACCUACAGAUGUUCCUGAUAUUGAACCGACAAUUACUUAUAGAAGUCAUACAGCGGCCGUAAAUUCAGUUGUCAUUGCUUCAGAACAGUACAAAUGUUAUUCGGCUAGUAUGGACUCCACAAUUCGUGUAUGGGAUCUGCCACCACCAAAACGAGACACUUACGGACCCUUUUUAGCAUCCGCAUCUGCUGAUGGAACAGUUAAAAUUUGGAAUACGGAAACGGAAGGAUCGCCCUUGAAAAGUUCAUGGGGAUAUUAUGGUAGUGACAGUGAACUACCAGUUAACGGAGUUCGUCCGCCAAUACCUACAUCUAUUGAUUUUGUUCAUAGCGAUUUGAAGAAAAUUGCCGUUUCAUUCCAAAAUUCAAUAAUCAAGCUUUAUGACAUUGAAACAGGACAAAGUAUUGUAACCUUUAAUAGUGAUGAAACCUACGAUAAUACUCCAGCGACACAAAUCAAUCGUAUCAUCGUUCAUCCUACCAUGUCGCUGUUAUUUUCUGCACAUGAAGAUAAAUAUAUUAGAUUCUUUGAUGUUAAUAGCGGUAAAUGUAAUUUCUCAAUGCUUGCCCACCUGGAUUCGGUCACCACGCUUGAUAUUGAUCCAUCAGGAAUGAUAUUGGUAUCAGGAGGUCAUGAUAGUUCUAUUCGCUUGUGGGAUAUUGUAUCAACUAGACAAUGUGUUCAAGAGUUUGUAUCGCAUCGACGAAAAUCUGAUGAGGGAGUAUUAUGUGUUGAAUAUCACCGGUCUUUACCAUGGAUGGCAAGUGGUGGAGCAGAUUCAGUAGUGAAGAUAUAUUGUUAA